CUGCCUCUCCCUGCAGGCAUACGGCCUCCCGUGGUGAAUGGCCCGAUGCCAGCACGGCCGCUGGUCGCGCUGCUGGACGGACGGGACUGCACUGUGGAGAUGCCCAUCCUGAAGGAUGUUGCUACAGUGGCAUUUUGUGAUGCUCAGUCAACUCAGGAAAUCCAUGAGAAGGUGCUGAACGAGGCCGUGGGAGCACUGAUGUACCACACCAUUACCCUCUCCCGUCAGGAUCUGGAGAAGUUCAAAGCCCUCAGGGUCAUUGUGCGCAUUGGCAGUGGCUAUGACAACGUGGACAUCAAGUCUGCUGCAGAGUUAGGCAUUGCAGUUUGCAACAUCCCUUCCUCCUCAGUAGAGGAGACUGCUGACUCCACCCUCUGCCACAUCCUGAACCUCUAUCGCCGUGUGACUUGGCUGCAUCAGGCUCUGCGGGAAGGGAAUCGAGCCUCGAGCGUCGAGCAGAUCCGAGAGGUGGCUGGGGGCGCUGUGCGUAUCCGUGGGGAGACUUUGGGCAUCAUUGGGCUAGGCCGAGUUGGACAGGCAGUGGCUCUGCGAGCCAAGUCCUUUGGCUUCAGCGUGAUUUUCUAUGAUCCCUAUCUGCCGGAUGGAGUGGAGCGAUCCUUGGGUUUACAACGAGUAGGAACCCUGCAGGAUCUACUAAUGCACAGCGAUUGCAUCACAUUGCACUGCAGCCUGAAUGAACAUAACCAUCACCUCAUCAAUGACUUCACUAUUAAACAGAUGCGCCAGGGCUGUUUCCUAGUGAACACAGCCCGGGGAGGGCUGGUAGAUGAGAAAGCCUUAGCACAAGCCUUGAAAGAGGGGAGAAUCAGAGGAACAGCAUUGGAUGUGCAUGAGUCUGAGCCUUUCAGUUUUGCUCAGGGACCCUUAAAAGAUGCACCCAAUGUUAUCUGCACCCCUCACACUGCCUGGUACAGUGAACAGGCUUCCAUUGAAUCCAGAGAAGAUGCAGCUAAAGAGAUCCGCAGAGCUAUUACAGGUCACAUACCCGAUGCUUUGAGGAACUGUGUUAAUAAGGAGUACUUGCUGUUAGCAGCUCAGUGGUCCAGUAUUGAUCCUGCAGCUGUCCACCCAGAACUCAACGGAGCUGCAGCUUACAGGUUUCCUCCAGGAGUAGUGGGAGUAGCUACCCCUGGACUCCCAGAACCACCAGUAGUGGAAGGGAUUGUAGCUCAUGGGAUCCCUCCUGUUUCUCACUCUGCACCACGUACCCCUUCCCCAGGAGAGACGAGCAAAGUGGAUCCAGACAGAGAGAUUCCUG